GUAAUAGAUAAAUAAAUUUCCUCAGCCAUCACAAUUGACGACCCAUCAAACUCACACAAAUUCUCUCUCUUUCCUCCCCCCUCCCACCGCUCUCUCUCUCUCUCAAGGGUUCCCAAUGGCCUCGCCUUCCGAUUCCUCCAACCAGCAAGCUGCAAUGAGAAGACAGAACAGAGGAAUCCAGUUCAAAUUUCUCGUUCCCCUAAUUUACGCUCCUGUCCUUCCUCUCAUUCGAAUUCAAUUGCGACGUAACCCGGUUCUGAGGGACCGUUUGUUCACUGCUGUGUUGGCUGGGGCAUUGGCUCAUGGGAUUUACUUGGUAACAGAUCUAUAUGACAUCGAGAGCAAAUGAUCUUGGUGGGGUUGAGAUAUCCAUACAGCUACACUGAAACAGUUUAGAGAUGAUAUGCAGAUUGAUACUCCGGUGACAACUUGAAAAUUUACAGACAUAUUGGGAUUUACAGAUUUCUCAUUCGCUUUCCAUUUAGUGCACCGGUAACUGUGACUUGUUUAAUUACAUGCAUAGGAAAUAAUUAUCAAAUGAUUCCGAAGCUUUUGGUAGGUCGUCAAUCUUUAUUCAGGAAAGCUUCUAUUU